AUGGAGACAAAGAGCUGGCGAAAGGUCCCAAUUUACCAACAUUUGUCGAAUUUUGGUUUCAUUGUUGGUCACAUUCAACAACGCAUGAUAUCCCGUGUCCCACUUGACCUUCAUAGGACCUUUGUAAAACAGCCCAAGUGCUUCACAUAUACAAAUGGCGAGGGGGACCUAGAAGCUAUUUCCAUGGCGCUUACAGAUGUUGCUGCUCUUUUCUUGGACCGCCACUGGACUCUCCAGUCCCUGUCUGCCUUAGGACUGGCGGAGAUGGAGAAGCUGAAAUUCUGCCUGUUGUCGGAAUGCAAUGAGAUGCUGCAGAUUGUCAAUGGACGCCAUUUAGAAGAUUUUUUCGUAAGACCAGUUCUUGGAUCAUUACAACAUCUCUCAAUUCAUUACAUGAAGAGUCUCCUUUGCAUCUGGAAUGGUCCAAUUCAUAGUCGGUGUCUGUCCAAUCUAAAAACCUUGGCGAUGCAUUCAUGCCCUGAGCUGAGGACCAUUUUUACGCAGGGGUUGCUUGAAAGUCUCACUUGCUUGGAGUGCCUUAUCGUUGAAGACUGCAGCACAAUAAAAACCCUAGUAAGUUUGGAAUCUCCCCAGUCUACAUCAACUCCUUGUCUCCCAAGCUUAAAGAAGAUAUCACUUAUCCACCUCCCAGAAUUGUUGAGCAUCUCUGGUAGUAUAAGUAUUGCCCCAAGAUUAGAAAGUCUGGUCGUUUAUGAUUGCCCAAACCUUGAGAAACUAUCCUACAUGAAAGCAUUUGAUAAUAAUAUCAAGGAAAUUAAAGGAGAGAAUGAAUGGUGGGAUGCAUUGAAAUGGUGCCAACCGGACUGGACCGGUGGUCGGCCUGAUUAUCUGGCUAGAGUUUUCAUCCCGCUUGGAACAAAUGCGUUUUUUUUUUUUACCACAGGUAUUAAGGAAGCGGGAACAGUGCAAGUGGACUCACGCCCUUGUGAAUUUUAUAAACGAAGUGUAUAUUAAAAGGUGUAAGUUGCAUAUGCCUAUACUUGCUAGAAUGAAAUCAUUUUCUUCCUACUGGCCUAGUCACAAGGGAAAAGGAAAGGGAAAAGUUUAAAUUUAUAGUACACUUGGAAAAAUACUUUUGUAUAUGUUUUUGUAGUAAUGAAACUAUUGUUAUAUCUUAUAUGUUUACCCAAUUGUUAGAAAAUGUGAUAGCUUUUUUAUAAGUUGUGCAAACUUUGUUUCGUAUUAUAUGAUUUUUUUUGAAGAAUUUGUAGAUUAUUUGUUACUUUAUUAUAGUUUGGUUUGUAGUCUUUUUAAAACAAUGUGUGACA